CUGAAGGAUGAGGUUGAGGACUUCCUGGGUGUGGAGGCGGGUGAUGAGAUGGACCGCCUGGUGGAGACAGUGGCCGAGGAUGAGGAUAACGUGCUCAGUGGUAAGUACCUGCAUGGCCUGGGGCAGAAGGCGAGGCUGUCCCUGGUGGAUGUGCUGGAGGCCCCUCGGGGCUUCUGGGGUAGCUUCAGCCACCUUUGAGGAGACGGUGCAGCUGGGUGCCUGGCGCAUGGCUGGCAUUGGCCCUCUUCCCCACAUACUGGACCACAACCCCCAGGAGAGACACCCACAACAGAGUCACUCAACAGAGGACCAUCCCACCUCCUACUCCUGCACCAUCACCUCUCUCACCCCCACCAAAGUGUCCUGCACAGCAGCCGGCCUGUCCGCAGGCUCCUACAGACCCAUGGUGACCAUGGCUGGGGCUAGGGCAGUUGUGGGCAACAAGGUGACCUCCACUACCCUGCCCGUGGCCUCUGCCCUAACACCUCAGUCCAGCAGCAUCAACGGAGGUGCAGUGCUGGUGGGGAACAGCUCGGGGUUCAUUCCCGGGUACAUGAUGGUGGUGGUUGGUGGUGCUGAGUGCCCCAUGCUGCAGGAGAGUGCCAACACCAUCUCCUGCCGCCUGCCACCUGGCAUUGAGGGGGAGGCAGCGGUGGUGGUCAGUGUGGCCUGCAGUGAGAAUGUGAUGGCUGCCAAAGCAUUCACCUACGCUGCAGCCGUCACCCCCAUGCUUCUCUCUGUCACGCCCUCUACUGAUGUGGUGAGCAGCACCACCCUCACACUGGAUGGCACUGGCUUCACUCUGUCCGGGGGCACCCCUGAGGUCACCGUGGGGGGCAAAAGGUGUGGCCUGGUCUCCCCUGCUUCCCCCACCUCCCUCCAGUGCAUCGUGAGUCAGGGGGAUUGAGGGGAAGUGCUGCAGGGAAGAGACUGAUGAGUGCCAUGAGGGAGUGUGAGGCAGCUUGGGGGGGAAAGUGAGAGGGAACUGAGUAAUAAUAAUAGUAGAGGAAAUAGAUGUAGUUCUGCAAAUGAGUGAGUGACAGGAAAAGUAACAUUACUGAAUGAGACAAUGAAUUAAGCAAUGAUAGAUUUGGGUUAGGAAAAGUUUUUUGAAUUAGGAAGAAUGUUUAAUGCUCUUUUUUCUUUC